AACUCGCACGGCGACGAGAGGCGGGGUUAUGAUUAUAGACAGUUGUCUGAGCCAAUCGAAAGCGGGAGGUGUUUCCCGCCCAUUUUAUCGCUCCGCCCCGGGCCGUGUUUGUGUGAGGGAGCCGGGGAGGGGGGGCGGACCGUGAGGGGAGCGCGGGCGGCGGCGCUUUGGCGGCUCCGGGAGGGCUCCGGGGGCUUCGCUCGUGACGCGGCCCGGCCCGGCCCUGCUCAGGGCUGAGAGGGGAGCACCCCCCGCGGACACCCAGCCCCGCCGGUGCCACUCAGCCGUGUGUGUCUCUGGGGCAGUACAGACAUAACCCAGCGCUGCCCCGUAGGAUGAGUGAGAAGGGCAGCGGUCGUGAGACUGUAAAACUCCAUUUGCAAAAAUCUGCUACGUCAGGAGUGCUCGGAGCAGGAGGAGUUCGUCGCGUCGGCCUCGUCUGCGCUAGUGGUAACACCCAGGACCUGCCUCCGGCCCCUGGAGCCGCCCCGCCGGCCGCAGGGAAGGGACACGGGGGCCCCGGCCCCCCUGGCCGCCUAAAGUGCAGCAAAGGGACGUCAUGGCGAGCGCUUGGGGAGGGAGGUGGCGCUCCCAGGAUUUGCUGCUCCGAUGCCAAUGAGGAUCCGGUGCUCGGAGGAGGAUCCAACAUUCAUAGGAUCCAGUUCUUAGAGGAUCCAAUUCUCCGAGGAGGAUCUGCUGCUUGGAGAAGAACCCAGCUCGAAGAGGAGGCUUUAGUGUUUGAAGGAUCCAACUCUCAGAAGAUCCAGCUCUCAGAGGAUCCAUCUUGGAGGAGGAUGUGGCUCCUGGAGGAGGAUCUAGCACUGGGAUCUGGUGCCCAGAGGAUCCAGCUCUUGGAGGAUCCAGUUCUUGAAGGAUCCAGCUCUCAAAGGAGGAUUGGGCACUCAGAGGAUCCAGCUUUCGGAGGAUACAAUUCUUGGAGGACCCAGCUGUCAGCGAAUCCAACUCUGGUAGCGCCUGGCUCUUGGAGGAGGAUCCAGUGCUCUCCCCACCGAUGCUGUCUCAGCUCCCUGGCUGGGCUGCCCCGUGUGGUGGAGCCGCUCUCAGCCCCCUGGGGACUCCAGGCCGUGCUGUGCGCUGUGCCGUGCUCCUCCCCGGCCGUCCCGCCCAGAUCUGGCUUCUCCCGCCAACGCCCAACCCCGGCUCCGCGUGGCUUGGCCCCGGUGCCGCUGGCUCUACCGGCUCUGCGAGGAUGAGGAGGGCGAUGGUGUCGCCCUGCAGGAACAUCUGGGAGCAUCCACGGAGCCAGCUAGGAUUUCCCACUGGGAAUACCUGCUGAGCUCUGUGGUGCACCACCCUGCAUACCCCCAGUGCUCCCUCAGCUGCUUCUUUUAAAAUAUCUUCCAGUUUUUUUGCGAUUUUUUUCAACUUUUUGCUUUUUUUACGGGAGGCCAGUGAGGGGAUGGGUUGGUUUAGUCACCAACAUGAGGAGCCAUCACUGGCACGGCCCCCCCAAACCAUCCCUCACUGCCCCCAAAUCGCCUGGAAACAAGGCAGGAGAAUCCGAAUUUUCUUCUGUAUUUUUUAGGGCAAAAAGAAUUGAAGCUGUUUGAACUUGCUCUGGAAGCACCACCCGCUCCAGACCCAGCCAUUUGGGGUAUUUUCCAGUGGGUUUUGGGGCAUUCUACAAGACUUCCAAUAUUCUGUCUGUACAGCCAUCAUUGGGUUCUCCAUCAGCCCCUCUGGGGCAGCAAAGCUGGAAGUACCAGAAAUUUGGGAUAUUUUUCCCCCUAUUUGUGGUUUAAAAAUU